AUGUCUUCCACCGCCCUCCGAAUGCCACCGCGUCUCCGCACCUCACCCACCGCCGUCAUCCGAGCGCACCGCCUACACCACCACCACCACCACCGCGCCAUCACCCUCGCAGCCCUCCCGCGCCACCACCACCACCAACCCCCCUCGCGGCCCCAUCCUCCCGCGCCCGCGCCCGCACCCUCCCGCCGCCGCUCCUCCACCUCCACGCUCGUCGCCCUCUCCAGCGCCCCCUCCGCGCCCCUGAUCACGCUCGUCUCCCUCGACCCCACCACGCACAAGGCCUCCGCGCUGCUCGCCCGGCUCCACGCGCUCCUCGCCACCACGCCGUGGCGGCUCACAAAGGCGAUGGGCGAGCACGGCGCCAGCGACGCGCUCGAGCGGACGUACGUCUUCGCGACGCCGCAGCGCGCCGCGGCGUUCAGCUGGCGCGUGGCGCACGAGGUGGCGGCGGCGCGCGCGCACGACCCGGACUGGAGCGGGUGCGGGCGCCGCGUCUACGUGCGGUGGACGACGCAUGGGCCGCCGGGGCUGAGCCCCGCGGAUCUGGACUGCGCGGAGGCGACGGAGGCGGCGUUUGUGGAGGUUGCGGCGGCGGGGGGGGAGGAGGAGGAGGUGCGGCCGCUGGAGGGGGGGGAUGGGGAGGGGGAGGAGGAGGAGGAGCGGACGGUCGAGGGGGGAGGGGUGAUGGUGAAGCGGCGGGCGGCGCCGGGGAAGGGGACGUUCGGGCUGUGGUUCCCGGAGUGGAGGAGGGUCGCGGCCCGGGGGGAUAGGGAUGUCAAGGAGUGGGCGAAUGAGGAAAGGCUCAGGCUGUACGAGUGGUGGAGGGCUAAGGCUUUGGUGGAGGGUGAGGGCGAAGGCUCGGAGGGCGGACAGGCUUGGCCUGCGUGGAGUAUGGUUUUUGGAAGGGCUUGCGUUACACAGACGAGGUUUGAGGAGGAUGGGCGUGGGAGGAUUGCAAUUGCGAAAGGGUCGAAGUGGAAGUGGACAGAUGCUGAGUUAGAGGCCGCGAGGAAGAUUAAGAAGGAGACAGCCCUAAAACCUCCGACUGGAAAGACAACAAAUUACCACGCCUUGGUGCUGAGGAAGCUGCUGGAGAAGGCGGUGAUGGGCUAG